AUGGACGACCAAUUCGGAGGCCGCACGGAUGACGAUCUCUUCUUCGACGACUUUGAACCUGUGAGCGAUUCCCAGGUUGUCGAGACCGUCGCCAUCGCAGCUCCUCCUCCCGCUGCCCCUCCCGCCGCCGUCGCCACACCCCCCGCCGAGGCUCCCAAACCUGAACCAGUCGCUCCGAAGACUGUCGAGCAACCCCCUCCCAAACAGCAACCCGCCGCGAAACGACCGCCUACCGCACCUAGGGGCGGGCUGGCCAACUCGAGGUUCGCUGACAAGCCCGCCGCUGCCCCGCGUUCACCCCGCCACCCAGCACCCGCCGCCCCAGCACCCGCGUCAACACCUCCGAUCACGAAGACGCCGACUCCUCAACCGCCCACUGGUCCCGCCGCGCAAACCGCGACAGCGCCCACGACACCAGCCGCGCCCGCUACCGCAGCAAGCGCUUCGCCCACUGCCACAGUCAAGAGCGCAUCGCCCGCACCGAACCCGCCGCAGAACGCUCCCACGGGCCCAGCCGCCGGCACUACCACCGGCAGCGCGACCCCCGGCGCAAACACGGCCCUCAAUGCCGCCGCGCGCCUGGGGUCCGGCGCGAACCCGCGGACCAAGCUCACCGAGUCGGAGCUGGCCGCCAAGAUGGAGCAGAUGCGCAUCCUCAAUGCCGAGAAGACACGCAAGUUCGAGCAGGCCGAGCAGGACGAGCGCAGCCACGCCGAGGCUUACGCGCGCGGCAUGGAGGCGGCGCGGCAGCGCAGAAAGCUCGACGAGGAGAGGCGGCGGCGGAGCGAGGAAGAGCGCAAGCGCAUGGACGACGAGCGCGCCAAGAACAGGGAGCGAAAGCUCAAGGCCAUGAGCAUGAAGGAAGGCGGCUGGGACGAAGGCAAAGACGCGCUCGCCCAGGAGGAGGAGAAGCGGGGCUUCCGCGGCGCCAACGGCGGCGUUCGCGGCACCAGAUCCGGCGCGGGGCUUUCUGGGAGCAGGUUCGCUCGCGAGGACGAUGCCGGUGGAGAUCGGUACGGCGGCGCCGGCGAGGACCGCAGAGGUGGCCGCGGACGUGGUCGGGGUCGCGGUCAGGGACGUGGUGGGCGGGGCGGCCGAGGCGGCGAGUACGAACGCGACCACCCCGCAGCGUCCAACGGCGCGCAGGAGACCAAGCCCAUCACCGCCGCCGCCGCGAAGCCCGCCGCACCGGCACCCCUUAUCAGCACCGACGAGUUCCCCGCCCUGCCCGGCAAGACGACGAGCGGCGAUGUGUCGCCGCCUGUACUGUCGCCCCUCGGCAGGUGGGAUGACGAGAUGGAGGCGUUCGACGCCAAGCUCAAGAGCGCUGCUGCUGCUGGCGCUGCGAAAUAA